AGCCUAACACCGCAAAUAUCACCAUAACCAUAACUAGAGAGCUUACGUCUACAGCUUCUUUCGAAAUGGAACUGUGCUUCACAACUCUCUCUUCCCCUGCUUCCACUUCUAUUCUCAAUUUUCAGGGCCCUAAAUUGCCUGGAAGAAAGUUCUGUAAGAAAUCUUCACACCCUUUUUUGGCAUCACCUACACUGCCUAAACCAUUUCUUCAGAUUUAUGGCAGACCUCGGACAUUAAUUUAUGAACGAACCUCAACCAGAGCCUCUGCUGGAACAUAUAGAGCGACCAUAUCAGCUGAAGCUGGAAAGCAAAGUUGGGAUUUUGGAAGAUUUAUAAAAACACUAUAUUUCUUCAACGGACCCCCAUCUCCUGCUAAGUUCUUUGACUUUCUAGUUGAGAAACUAUCCGGUCCUUCCCCAAGUGAAUCGGUAAACUCAAUGGGAACUUCUGAUAUUGUCCUGGUAGCUGGAGCUACUGGUGGUGUUGGUCGAAGAGUGGUUGACAUAUUACGGAAGAAAGGAAUUCCAGUCCGAGUACUGGUUAGAAAUGAAGAGAAGGCAAGAAGGAUGUUAGGCUCAGAUGUUGACUUGGUUGUUGGAGACAUUACAAAGGAUAGCACUUUGAUCCGUGAAUACUUUAAAGGAGUGAAGAAAGUGAUCAAUACUGUUUCUGUCAUUGUUGGCCCUAAGGAAGGAGAUACUCCAGACAGAGCAAAAUAUAGCCAAGGAAUUAAGUUCUUUGAGCCAGAGAUAAAAGGUGAUUCACCAGAAAAGGUAGAGUACAUAGGAAUGAGAAAUUUGAUCAAGGCUGUGAAGGACAAUCUUGGACUUCGAAGGGGGAAGCUAUUAUUUGGAUUUGAAGGUGAUAAUUAUAGACAGCUUUCUUGGGGUGCUUUAGAUGAUGUGGUAAUGGGCGGAGUUAGUGAAAGUACUUUUCAAAUUGAUCCAAGAGGUAGUGAAGAUGGUGGACCAACUGGGGUUUUUAAAGGUGUUGUUUCAACAGCAAAUAAUGGUGGCUUUACAAGUAUCAGAACAAAGAAUUUCUCAGAACCUGAGGAUCUUUCUGCAUAUGAUGGUUUGGAGUUCCGUCUAAAAGGAGAUGGGCAUAGAUAUAAAGUCAUUGUUCGUACAAGCCGUGAUUGGGACACUGUUGGUUACACUGCAGGCUUUAAUACUGAGAAAGGAAAAUGGCAAUUGAUUCAAUUGCCAUUCUCUUCCCUGAGGCCUGUGUUUCGUGCAAGAACUGUAUCUGAUGCUCCACCAUUUGAUCCAAGCAAUGUUGCAUCAUUGCAGCUCAUGUUCAGCAAGUUUGAAUAUGACGGUAAAUUAAAUGAAACUUUCAUGGAAGGUCCAUUUGAGCUUCCAGUAUCUAGCAUACGGGCAUAUAUAAAGGAUCCAAUAACACCUAGAUUUGUACAUGUGAGCUCAGCAGGAGUUACCAGACCUGAAAGGCCAGGACUUGAUCUAAGUAAACAGCCUCCUGCUGUCCGAUUAAACAAGGAACUGGAUUAUAUCCUCACAUUUAAACUAAAGGGUGAGGAUUUACUUCGAGAAAGUGGCAUUCCCUAUGUAAUCGUGAGGCCUUGUGCAUUAACUGAGGAGCCUGCUGGAGCCGACCUUAUCUUUGAUCAAGGAGAUAAUAUUACGGGUAAAAUAUCAAGGGAAGAGGUUGCUCGUAUGUGUGUAGCUGCACUUGAAAUCCCUUAUGCAUGUGACAAAACAUUUGAGGUCAAAAGUGUUGUUCCAUUUAGCGAGCCAUUUACUGUGGAUCCAGCAAACCCUCCUCCAGAAAAGGACUAUGACACAUAUUUUAAAAAUUUAAAAGAAGGCAUUACUGGGAAGGAAGCCCUCCAACAAAACCCUAUUCCUGUUUAAUUAGUGUUCCUGCAUUGCAGUUCAGCUAUGAAUAUUGCUGAUAUGAGUACAUAUUGAGCUGCACAUAAUCUUUGUAUCCAAAGAAACCUAAACUAUACAAAUCUGUGAUGCUUUUUAAACCAAGUUAGACAUGAACCUUACCUUGCGAGAUGCAUGUAUAUUCUUUGUGCUUAUAAACAUAGUUUCCUUUUCCUCAUUUGCUCUAGCAGAUAGGAACGCAGAGAAUUUUCAUAUUCAUUUAAUCUUUAUAU